AUGAGUUCCACAGAAGACCUUGACUAUCCUCAAGUCAUCUUGCAAUACAACAGCGGAUUUUUAGUCUCAAAGGUUAUGUUCACUGCCUGUGAGUUGGGUGUGUUUGAUCUCCUGCUGGAGUCAGGAGAGCCUCUGUCUUCAGACGCCAUUGCUGCGCACUUGGGUACCAGCACCAUGGGGAUGGAAAGACUGCUGGAUGCCUGUGUGGGAUUGAAGCUCUUGGCAGUAGAGCUGACACAAGAAGGAGCCCUCUACAGAAACACAGAGAUUUCCAACAUCUACCUUACAAAAUCAAGUCCCAAGUCUCAGUAUCACAUUAUGAUGUAUUACUCCAAUACAGUCUACUUGUGCUGGCACUACCUCGCUGACGCUGUGAGGGAAGGAAGAAACCAAUAUGAAAGAGCUUUUGGCAUUUCAUCUAAAGACCCUUUUGGAGCAAUGUACAGAUCAGAAGAAGAAAUGCUGAAAUUCAUGGCUGGCCAGAACUCAGUAUGGAGUAUAUGUGGCAAAGAUGUUCUUACUGCAUUUGACCUUUCCCCUUUCACGCAGAUCUAUGACCUGGGAGGAGGUGGAGGAGCUUUGGCCCGGGAGUGUGUUUCUUUGUACCCAAAUUCCAUGGUCACAAUUUAUGACCUGCCCAAAGUCGUGCAAGUGGCCAAGGAGCAAUUUAUUCCCCCUGAGGAGCGUCGGAUCGCUUUCCAUGAAGGAGACUUCUUUAAUGAUUCAAUUCCAGAAGCUGAACUGUAUAUUUUAUCCAAGAUACUGCAUGAUUGGGAAGACGACAAAUGCAGGCAGCUGCUGGCAAAAGUCCACAAGGCUUGCAAACCUGGCGGUGGAGUGCUGCUGGUUGAAUCGCUUCUGAAUGAAGAUAAAAGUGGGCCUUUAGAAACCCAACUGUAUUCGAUGAAUAUGUUGGUCCAGACAGAAGGAAAAGAGCGAACAGCAGCAGAGUACAGCAAGCUCCUCGAGGCAGCUGGCUUCGGAGAGGUUCAAGUCAAGAGGACUGGAAAACUCUAUGACGCUGUUUUUGGAAGGAAAUAA